CAAUUAUUUUUUGGUGUAAGGUUCAAUUUUUUAUACUCUCUCUCUCUCUCUUUAGUGUAGAGGUUAGAGAGAGAAAGCUUGCGAGAGAGAAAGAUGGAAGAAGGAGAUGCGGCCAAAUCACCCACCAAUUCACAACAAACUGUUUCUGAUGAUGAGGAGAUUGACUAUUCAACCAAACCGGAGUUUUAUGAUCCUGAACUUGAUGAUAAGGAUGAAAAAUGGAUUCAUAAAAAAAGACAUGGAAGUGACUCUGAUGCGGUUCUUUGCUGCCCUGCUUGCUUCACCACGCUCUGCCUAGAAUGUCAAAGGCAUGAGAAAUAUUUGACCCAGUAUAGAGCAAUAUUUGUUACAAACUGCAAGAUUGAGGAUAAACAAGUUCCGAUGCAAAGUAGCUCAAAAUCAAGAUCAAGAAAAAGAAAUAGAAGGAACGAAGAAUUUGACGGGAGUGAUGCAAUUUCAACUAGUAAUGAAACAUUAAAGCAAGUCUGUUGCGCUGUUUGUUCGACAGAGGUAGGUGUCUUUGAUGAAGAUGAGGUUUAUCAUUUCUUCAAUGUUCUCCCUAGUGAAUCCUGACUCAUUCAAAUGUAUCUGCUAAGCAUUGGUUAAAUUUUGUUACUCAAUCAUUCUGUUGGAAUGUGAGAUUCCCUACCUUGUAAAAUUUACAUUCAGAAAUAGUUGAAUAGUUGUUGUAAUGUCUUUGUUUAGAUCAAAGAGAACACAAUUCCACCACAAUGAAGACUUUUUCAGGAGAAAUUCUAAUUGAGUAAAUUUCAUAA